UUUCAAAUUUAUUUAGGUUUUGCUGUUAUCAUGCAUUAUCUUUAAGUAGUUCUCAUGUAAGUGACUGGUCUUUUUGGUGGUCAUAUCUUCAAUACGGACGUCCGUUCACGCGCCAAGGUAAAUACUGCCUGAAUCUGUCGGUUGUUGCAAGAGCCUUCUACAAUGUAUAGACGGAGCCCUGGAAGACGUGAAGGGAGACCCUUUGGAAAUGAUUAUGGCCCGGGUCCCGAUUUUGAUCCGGAGUGGAGAGUUCCCGAGAUGCACGGCCCACCUCACUGGGACGAAGGACCGCAUGCGAGGGAAGGACCGGAAGGCGAUUGGGGCAGGCCAGGCAGAGAGGACUUCAUGCCACCACCACAACGUGAUCGAAGAUCUCGCUCAAUAGAAGACUACAAGGGCAGACGCUCGCCUGCAGACUACGGCCAUCAUCACAGGAGCGGCCCGGACCCACCUCCUGGAUACCUUGAGCGGCGGAGGUUGUCCCCGUCGAAGAACUUCCACGAAGAAAUGCGCCCUCGUUCCCCACGCCGCAGAGGCUCCAGAGAUAACGCACCGUCACCUUUGACCUUCGAGCACAGCCAUCGACACUCAUCACCUGGCGGAUGGGGAAGGGACGGGCACGGCGUGAAUCGCCCCGACAGACAGGAGGGCGGAUCGGGUAGAGGACACCAAGGACCCCGGGGGUACAGUCCCAGAGGGAGAGAUUCCAGUAGGGCACACGAUAGGAGACCGCAGGACCGCAUGGAACAUGGCAGGUCUUACCAGGAAGAGCACAACCAAGCAGCGUACAGGGAGAGGAGCCCAUUUUCAGAUAGGUCACAACAGCCCAAGAGGUCUGAGUUUAGAGACCGCCGGCCACAGGAAAAGCGUCCCAGAGACUCAUGGUCUCAUUACGAGGAGGAGGAGCAGAAGGGGUCCGAAAGGCCCUACGUCCGCAGCGGAGCGCCGCUCAUUGUGGAGCACGAUCACGGUAUCUCUCACCACGAAGAAGAUGGUGGAGACAGGGAUGGUCGGGAGCGCCACCAUCAAGCCCCCCUCCGCCACCAUGGCGGACCACCACCACCACCGGAUAGGCACAGGAGGAACGAGGCUCGCGACGAGCCCUUAAUGGAGCCCCACGCUAAACGGAGGAGAAACACGCCUCCUCCCCCCCUCAUGAGUCUGCCAAGACGCCAACCUCCAGAGAUUCACGGUGCCGGAGAUCGCGAUGUCCCUCCGGUCUUUCAAAAACGUCAGGCCGGACCGCCACCCCCACCGGCUCAGGAUGUGGACUUGCGGCCGGACAGGACGGACCGAGGCGGUGGCAGUACCGCCUUCUCGGGGAAGAAGUGGGAGCAGAAGGAUAACCAGCAGCAGCAACAGCGACGCAAGGCCGGGCCUGACAUGGGCCCACAGAGGCCACCCUUUCAUCCUCACAGGGAAUCAAGUCAAGGAAAGCAUUCAAACAGGGACAUGCCGUCCACGUCGAGAGCAGACCCCAGUGAGCGGGAAACGCUCAAGAUCAGGGUGGACAUGAGCCGCCCCAUGGGCCAGGACAGUGGCUCUUUGGGGUACAGUUCAGAUCGGCAGCUGUCGUUGGAUCUGGUCAAUGUGGGCCGACAGAGACUGGACUUCCUGCCUAUGUUGGAGCAUUCAGGAUCCUUCCGGGAGACCCCGCUGCACACUGGGACUUUUGCCCAGGAGAUAAUCACAUUGGUCCAUCAAGUCAAAGAGAUGUAUUUCAAAGGUUACAACACGACCCUGAACGAACGCUUCUCCAGCGUCAUGACGGAUGGCCCGGAGCCUGACGAGGACGCGGUGGCUGACAGAAGGAUUAAGGUUUCCGUGCCAGAGUCCAUGCCGCUUUUCUCCAAGAUCGGCAACCCUGAGCCACAGAGGCGUCCACAAGCCUUUGAUCCCGGCGACCUGCGUCACGAUCUGGAGAGGCGCAGACAGGAGCGGCUGGAGGGAGUGAAGAUCACCAUCUCCGGAGCCAGUUUUCCACCCAUGCCCGACAGUGUGGAGAAUGAGAUGAUGUUUGAGGAAGACGAGAGGGAGAUGGAGAGGGAGCGAGAGAUGCGGUAUGAAGACGGACCCCCGCCUCACUGGGAUGACGAGGGCCCAGGGGACCGGAGAGACUGGGGGGAGCAGCCGAAUGACAUGCGUCACAGGAUGCCUUGGUCCGGCCGAAGGAACAGGCGAAGACCCUUCCGCUCGGGUCCCCAGUCCGGCCCCAAUAGGCGUCAGUACCACAACAGUGCUAACGGUGGCGACUGGUGACUGAAACUGAGAGAUGUCCCUCCCUUCCACUGAACGACUGAAGCACAUGGAAACAUAGAAUAAGGUCCUGUGUGUCUGAGUGGUGGAUGUAUGUGAAUUCUCAAUGAAAUACUAUUUUUAUGUAAAUUAAUCAGUAGUAUGUUUGUAAGUACUUCUUAAUGUGCUGGUAUCAUUUUGUGUGCUUUAGAAAGAGUCAUCACAUUUAUUUUCCACAUUUUCUGUAAUUGGCAGAGAGGAUAUUGUUUUGAAGGAAAUUGUUUAGAAUUUUCUGUUAACCUGCUUUUUUUGUAACGUACAUACAAGCCUUCUUUCAUUCCCUGUCUUGAUUGGCCUUCUAAUAAAUCAGUUCUAGUUUCCUUUGAAAG